AUGGGGAACAAUAAAGAUAUAUAUUUUUGCAUUUCACUUGUUUGUUAUCUUCUAAUAAUUACUUUUAAUAUAUCAUUAAUUAUAUUCAUAUAUCUAGAAAAAAACCUGCAUGAACCAAUGUAUAUUUUCCUUUCUAAUUUGUUUUUUAGUGAACUAAUUGGAUCCACAAGCUUUUAUGUUAAAUUCAUGAUUGACCUUCGAGCCAGCACUCCAGUUGUAUCUCGUUCAGUUUGUUUCAUUCAGGUUUUUCUUAUUUAUACUUAUGUUUUUGGGGAAAUAACUAUUCUAACCGUUAUGGCGUAUGACAGGUAUAUAGCCAUCAACUGGCCACUGCAAUACACAAUAAUUAUUUCAGACAGAAAAAUAAAAAAACUCAUUUUUCUGUCCUGGAUCUAUCCUUGUUGUAUGGUGGCAUUGGGCACGUCGCUAACUGCACGUCUCUCUUUAUGUGUACCAUUUAUUUUCAUUAUCUAUUCUUAUAUUAAAAUUCUUAUAUUGUGCUGGAACAAUUCUAGGACUCACAAACAUAAAGCUUUUCAAACUUGUCUCCCCCAUUUAAUAACAUUAGUUUUGUUUUUAAGUUCAAUAACAUUUGAGGUAGAUCUUAUGCACCUCUAUGGCCUUGAAAACAGAAACUUCUGA